AUGGCAGCGUCAGGCGCUUCUCCUUCCCACCACAAGCAGCUUGAUCAUGACCCUCCGACCCGCCGCAUGCGCUCCUCCUCCUUCUCAUCUCCCACCCCCUCUCGCCUGCGAGUACGGGCUGCCUCUCCCAGCGCCUGGGAUCUCGAAAACUUCAGCAAAGAGUAUGAGCUACGGGACGGUGUUCCAAGACUCAACAAAUGCCCAAGGUACGGGUCACGUGUGAUCCUGUACAACUUGGAGAGAGAUGACGAGAGGCAGUAUAACGGUGAAGCGGGAGUUAUCAUAGGAAAGAAGCGCAGUUACUGGAUAGUGAAACUUGACAUCAUGCCCCAUGGCGCAUCUAUCCAAGUCAGCCCAGACAACGUCAAGCACGAGCUAGGGUUUAAGCACGCUGAGUCCAGUACACCCAUUGUUCCCCGCACAGGGGAUGUGAGUGUACCAGGGUUCAUCCAUCCUUCAUCACGAAGACGCUUCAGUAAGUCGGAGGACGACGAAGUCCUCCUCCACGACCUCUCCCCUCGCACCAAGAAGUUGCUCGCACCAGGCAAUCGAGUGCAGCUGAAAGAACUUGUGAACAAACCUGAGCUCAACUGGAGAAUUGGAACGAUAGUUGAGGUUGAAGAUGGAAUCGGUGAUAAUCACAAGUGUGUAGUAGCUCUGGACGAUGGCAACAUGAUCAAGGUGAAGAGCAAGAAUUUGAUUCCCAAGAGCCAUAUGCUUGUAGAUAAGGAGAUUCAAUCUGCCGAGAAACUGCGACAUGAACUCAAUGCCUGCACUGCACACAUUGCUGAGCUCGAAGACAAGCUAAAGAACUCAAGAGUGUAUUACGAGACAUAUGAAUCACAAAGAGCCUCAAUCCGAAGAACAAGGAGAAUCAACAAUGGCCUUGACCCGGACGAGCGCGAGCCAGCCGAGAGAACAAACAGAGUGAAGUCAAAUCCUUCGAGUUCUGCUGCCCACGAUGACGAGGAUUCUACGACGGGCAUUAAAGACCCCGUGGUGUUGAGGAAAUCAAGAAGCAGGCAUACCGUCAUGUCAGAGUGUAAGGAGAGUGAGAACGUGUUUCAGGCGAAGAAGUGA